GUUGGAUCAUGUAAACACAGGUACAGGGUAUGUUGUUUUCUACUCUGAGCUGCCAUUUUAGCGGUGCUAGAUUUUGCUAUGUCUGGAAUACAACAUCCAACUAAUAACCACGCUCUUGCGUUACUGGCGCUCAAAUCAGCUCCUACCAGCCCGUCGAGAUCAACAUGGAGUUCAGAAACAAAUGGCGAGGCAAUUGCGCGGCUAGAAGGCAGAGAAUUCGAAUUCACAAUGAGGAAGCAACGCAUCACCAUCGGCCGAAAUAGUAGUAAAGGAGAUGUCGAUGUCAACAUGGGUCACUCGAGUUUCAUUUCCCGAGUGCAUCUUGAAAUUUUUUCAGAGCAUCCCAAUUUUUUUAUGAAAUGUAAUGGAAAGAAUGGAGUGUUUAUUGAUGGGAUAUUCCAAAGGAAAGGAGCUCCACCUCUCCAACUGCCCUGCUCGUAAGUUGAAUGUACUUGUUUGGGGCUUUGCUAACCUAUAUUUAAAAAAAAAACAUUGGUGCGAGUAAAUUCAAUUCGUACUCCUGUGCACUGUAACAGUUCUGUCAUGUAACUUAUUUCAGCAUUGGAAAGGAGGCAUAUCGUAUAGUUUAUUAUUUAUAAAUACGCUUCUUUCCUCUAAUGGUCAAAUGUGAUUUCUAUUUCGGAUUAAAAAUAGAUAAAUUCAGUGCAUCCCAACUUCAUUUUAACUUCUACUUCUAGUUUCAUGUUCAGUUCACAUCCUGCCAGUUCGUGUUUACAUCAGAAUAAUUUCUUAUCAAUGUAAAUAAAUAGCUUUAUUAAUUCAUUUUAAGGUUAUUUGAUGUUUUCUGGUGUGGGAAAGUUGUAGCAUAUUAGCCUGGUUAUGAUGGAAUUUUAACUGACAUAAAUAAUGGACAAUAAUUUUAUAUCAAGUACCAUGUGCUCCAAACAAGAUGGCGGAAAUGUAAACAAUUCAGUUUUUAAUAUAUUAUUUGUUGACAUGUCCCACAAUUCCACAAUUACUAUUAUUUUACUGGUUAGAAUUGAAUAAGGAAAGUAGUUUGGCAAAAACCCAAUUUAAUAAAUAAAUAAUUAGCUUAUAAUUUAUACCAGAUUUUUUUGAGUGGCCCAAAUUCAAUUAAUUUACUAUUUUUAAAGAAUUACAUUGAAUUUGACUUUGAUAUCUCAAUCUCUGAGUGAAAGAAUCUGAAUUCAUAUUGUAGGCUACUUUCAAUUCAACUUUGACUUUACUUACUUACAAAAAUUAUUCUCUCUAUACUCUGUUUAAAUUAAAUGAUGAAUUAUAAUUUAAUGAAUAGAAUUUGAUGAAUGAAUGAUUAAGACCACUUUUGGGCUUAUACUGCUCUAAUUUUUUUACAAUUAAUCUCUAAUUAUGACUAAUUGUCUAUUAGUAUAGUAAGUAAUAAGGCUCCUAUCUUCCCUAUAAAUAAAAUUAAUAUGAGUAGGGAAUUUUCUUUAAUUAAUUACUACGUUAAUAUAAGCGGCCUAUAUGUGGCAUUUGACUUUGACUCAUUUGUAAACUAGGGUCUAGGCCUAGGCUGAUUAUAUAUUAAAUGUUAAUAGUUCAUUAGACUUAAGACCCAAGUUAUUCUUUGGCAAUAAUAGUUACUUAAAUGUAACUGUAAGUCUUACUGUAAGCCUUAACGAAGUUGGAUUUGAUUUCAAGAUCAAGUCAAAGAAGUUAUAUUAAAGGGGGGCCAUUAUAUAAUGUAUGUAGUAAAGGGUAUGCUUAUUUACACUAACAGACCCCUAGUAUAGUAGUAGGCCUAACCAAUUAAUAAUAAUAGGCCUAUUUCAUUGAUUUGACUAAACACACUUAAGAAGUUUAAUGCUUUUGAAUUAGUUUUGUAAAUAAACUUUAGCUAAGUCACCUUUGUGAAAUUAGUAAGAUAGGUCGAGUAUUUUUGAAGUAGUUCCACCCUUAUUAAGGUGACAAUUUUUUCAAAUUUAGUACCAGAAGAGUUAAAAUUGUUUUGAUACUAUGGUUGCCCAAAAAAGUAAAAAUGUAUUUAUUAUAUUCACAGAAGAUUAUUCUGUCUCUGUUGCAUUCUUAAGAAAAAAUAUGAUGCCAACUUGGAUGAAUUAUAAUACUUUUUUAAGUUGUUUUAUUUAUCGAAGUGGUUAUACGCAGUCGACAAGUCACGUGAGGUCUAUAUACUUCCUGUGUUUACACUAUCGAUCGAUAAAGGUGCUUUGUUAUGAGGGUGACUGCGUGGUCGAAUGGUAUAAACUGAGCUAAUCUCAAGUUGGUGGUCUGGAGUUCAAUUCCAGCCAAAAGCCAGUCAAGAAUGUAUAAUUCGUGUUAGUUGUUUGUUGCUAUGUUUGUUCUCGAAUGAACCAAAAGCAAAAACUGCUAGGCUUAUUGUUUUACUUUUGUUUUGGCUAAAAAAUGUUUAAACAUGAUAAGAAUUAACUUGACCAAUGUAAUGUUAAUAAUGUUAUUCUUAUAGUUAUCAAUUAUCAUAAUAUAUGUUUGUGUUGUUCAUAUAUAUUUUGUGUUGUUAACUAAUUUUGUGGCAGUUAAAAACAUGUUUCUCUGGUACAGUAAUUAUAAUCAGGGGUGGAGAGUAGCAGUAAAAAAUAGCUGUGGGGGCAGGGGGUUCUGUAGAGGGGGCACUGUAAGUAAUACUUUCACACAGUUAUAGUUUUGCAUGGAUGCUGAAAACUGUUACAGUUAGGUCACAAAAAAAAAAAAUCAUAAAUGAUAUAAUUUUUUAAAAAUCAAUAGAAUGUAUUUCCUUAAUUAGUCAGUAAAACCAACCACAUACUGUGACAUAGUCAUAGCAACAUAUAAAAAACUAAUCAAUCAGACUACAGAACUAGACUUAAAUGAUGGAAAUGCCUUAAAAAAUCAUCAUCUUAGGCUUAGACUCUAAGAAAUUUAGACUUAGACUUAUAAUAUAUAAGAUACAAGCAAUAAUACUAAUAAUAGCACUAAUACUAUUACUAUCAUUUAAUAUAUAUUAAAAUUAAUUCAAUUAAAAUUUCAAGUUAAACACAUUAAAAGUUAUAGUUCAAAAUAAUCCAUAAUGCAGCUAAUUAUGCAUAAUUCUUUUUUUUUUUUUUUAAUUGCCAAACUCGCGGUAAUAAACCUUUACUUAUUUAAGCCUGGAUAUCAGAUGUCCUCAAUCUUUUGUUGACUUAAUCAUUUUUAUUUUAUAGUCUUUAAAUUUACUGGUUACAAUUCACAACUAGCCAGGAAAAAUGUCCAGAAACCUGUACGAUAAUGGUAACAUCAGUAAGAAUUUUUUUUUCUGGAUGGACGAACAAGAAUUGUUAUUCAUCAUUGUUGCAUGUCGGUCUGUAGAUUAGUAACUCGGUUAAUAUUGUAAAUAUUUGUAAAAUACAGGUAUAUCAAGGGUUUUAAACAAUUUUUUUGAAAUUAUGUCAAUAUUAAACCUGUUAUGCCAUGCUUUCUAAUUUAAAAAUUGCGAAGCCUUUUUUUUAAAAACUUACUUACUGUAAAUGCUAGAGAUGGGAAUCGAACUGAACCUAGUGACAAUCGAACUGCAUCACUGGGAAAAAACAAGAACUUAUCUUAAACCUGUUUGAACAGAAAAUUUUUUACGAAUGGGCCACAUCACUGAUUAUAAUAAUAAUGAAGCUUUGAAAAUCGUGCUUCAUCCCCAAAGGCUCGAAGCGUGGUUCAAUGACAUCCAUAUUAAAAGAGAAAUGAAAAAACCUAUAUGUUACCACAUUGAAAUGCAAAACGCAACAUUACAAAAACUGCAUAGGAGAAUACCCAUUCUAAGUCUUUCAUCCCUUGCAACAACAAACAACACAGGCCACUAUACAUCUAGGAAAUAAUAGCUAGCUGGAAAAGAUGGUAGACAACAUCUACCCAAAUCAGUUUUGAAAGUGUCUGGCUGUUUCUGAGAGCAACAGGAAGUGAGUUCCAAAUUGUUGGGCCAGCAAAUGCGAACGUGCGCCGUCCGUAAGUCUCAAGGCAAACAUGUGGUAUCAAGAGUUUGCCACUAUUGGAUGAGCGGAGUUGUCUAGUGGGUACAUAAGGCGUCUGAGCGCCUUGAGAUAGAAUAGUGCCAUGUCAUGCAAGCAGCGAUAGCACAUAAUUUUGUACUCUAUGCGACCGCGGACUGGCAGCCAAUGCAACUCUCUCAAAAGUGUUUAAGCAUGGUCAAGUUUGCGAAAAACAAUGCGAGCCGCAUUAUUCUGUACUUUUUAAAAUUUUAUCCAGGAGCGUGGCUGGAAGACCCACCUUGAGAGCAUUGCAGUCGUGCAUGCGUGAUAGCACGAAUGCAGACAUCAUCCUCUUUGUUGCAUUAAACGUUAAGAAAGGUCUGAUAUGACUAAUGCUGCGCAGCUCUAGAAAAAUCGCCUUGCAAAUCAUGUUAAUGUGAUUUUGCAUAAAUAGUGUUUUGUCUAAGUAGACACCCAGGUUUCGCACAUUUUGAGCAACUUCAAUCUGUAUACCUGAGAGAGAAAGGAGUGAUGUGUUAUUUACAGAUUUUAGCUUUUAAGCUGUAGCAAUGGGGAUCAGCUCGGUCUUUUCAUCAUUCAAUUUGAUCUUGUUUACGUUCAUCCAGUGCUUAACUGACUCCACUGUCUUCUGUGUCAUACUAAGAAGCUGAAGGGACUGAGAGGGGGUCACGGAUUGCUGAAGUUGUGAUACAUCCGCGAACAUGUGAUAGAGCAUAUCAAACUUCUUUAUCACUGCACCCAAGGGCUGAAUGUACAUAGUGAAAAACACCGGACCUAGGACCCAGCCCUGGGGUACUCCGAAUUCGAUAAUAGAUUGCUUCCAGGUCAAGCCGUUUGCGAUAACUGAUUGGACCCGAUUUGUCAGAUACGAGCGGAACCAUCGCAGAAUGGUAUCGGUUAAACCGAAUGUUUUUUGCAGACGUUGGAGAAGUAUGCCGUGGUAAAGCUGAAUGCUGCCGAUAGACAAAAGGGAUACCAUGCCCUCACCACAAGGUGACAGAAGGUCAUUUACGACGUGCAACAGGGCUGUCUCAGUAGAGUGAUGCGCCCUGUAUGCUGACUGGAAAAGCUAAAACAAGUCAAAGCAUAUUUUGGGGGAAGAUAUUUCAGGGGAAUAUGUGGGGUUGUUGUGUUAUGAGCAAAUCAUAGGAAAUUUUUAUGACGUUGAAUACUUAAUUAUUGUAGGUUGCUGAGAUCCUAGUUCUUUGAUUCAGGAUUUGAAAAUGGUAACAGAAUCUUUAAAUAUAAAUAAACAUCUGAACUUUAAUUAUUUAAUUUCUUUUUGAAAUAAAUUAAGUCAUGUCUUAAAAAUUUUGUUUUCAAUAAAACUUUUUAAUUUUAACACUUCUGACAUUGUUUACCAAAAAACAUAAACAGAACUAGAUGGCAUCAUCAUUCAGUCAUUUUUAGCACCAGCAUUAUCUCCUCCUAGAUAUUAUUUGUCACCAUUUUGCAUAUUAUUUUAUUGUGUGCAUAUGAGCGGCUUAUACAUUUUUUCGGUGGGAGGGGGGGGGUGCUGUAUUGAUACUUCACAAGGUAAUUAUAACACAAACUAUAAUCUUAAUUGACUUUUUUUUACCCCAUGCUUACAACUCAGUUUCUAAUAGCAGGAGAACUUAUGUUUGGGUUAAGAACUGUUGGGUAGUAGCACUGUUUUGACAGGUUCCUACAUGACUUUUUAGAAAGUGUAUGACUUAUUUUACAUCCACUCGCAUAAUUACUCAAAACUCAAGACAUCCUUAAAAAUGUGCUUGAUAAGGACUGAACGGGGUUUUAAUUAUUUAAUUGCGCCGUGGCUUUCUUACUAUUCUCUAGCUCAUAGAAGUUCCAAAGGCUUUGUUACUUUUAUGCUUAUUUUUGUUAUAUUGUUGCAUACAAAUAAACCUAUACAUGUCUUUUCUUGUACAAUUUAGAAUCAGAAUGGUAAUCUAUCAGUAAUUGAAUAAAAUUAGGAUAAAGUCCAUUUGAAACUUAUUUUAAUUUUAUAAACAAAACUUGUUCACAAUGCUUACAACAUACUAUAUGAUAGCAGUCUAUUUCAAAGCAAUUCUAAAUGUAUGUCUUUUUUUUUUCAUGCCUAUUUCAGCUGUACCUUACGCUUUCCAAGCACUAAUAUCAAGAUCAAGUUUCAGUCUUUGAUUGAUGAAGCUGUCCCGCCUCCACCCCCUGUCUCUGUAACAACACCUAAAAAGAAGCCGCCCCUACCUCCAUUGAAAAUCAACAUACCAGAACCUCAGGAAACUAUUGCCAGUAGUCCAUGUCCAUCUCCUACAGGCACAAUAAGGUGACGGUGAUAAACCAACUUUUGAUAUAUUCGAGUCUAAAAGUAAAACACUGAUUUUUUUUGGUUCAAAUAUUGUAAUAAAAAUAAGUUGAAAUAUUGUCUUACCAUGGCAGUUAUUAAUAUGUCACAAAAAUAAGAUAUGAAUUUGGAAAUUAGUAUCUGCUUAUGUCAUUUACUUAAAAGUAUUGAUUAUUGGUUGUCUUGUUAGGCUCAAGAAUUAAUUUAUCAGAGAGGAAUUAAUGUGAGGUUGAAUUGUUUUGUUCACUCUAUAAAUAGUAAUGGGUAUAAAAAGACUAGUGUUAAUAAUUUUUUUUCCUUCAGUGCUGCAAACUCAUGCCCCACUAGUCCACGUAGCGGCUCUAGCCACAAUCCCAGAUUCUCCCUCAUACCACAACUUGAGGCUGUUGCAGCAUUUGCUGCGGCACAUCCUCGCGAUGACAGAGAUAUUAACUCUGGGUCAGCUUCAGUUACACCAACCACUGGUGAAUCAUCUAGAGAUGAGUCCAAACCACCAUAUUCCUAUGCACAGCUUAUUGUGCAGGCAGUUACAUCCGCUCCAGACAAACAGCUCACUUUAAGUGGAAUAUAUGCCUAUAUCACAAAAAAUUACCCAUACUACAGAACUGCUGACAAAGGAUGGCAGGUUUGUGUUAAUUCUGCUCACAAAAGAAAAGAAAUUUUUGUGUUUAACUCUUUACAUACCUUGAAUUGUUCACGUUUUCUUGAGAUUUCUAGGUACCUUAAAAAAUGAUCAAAACACUUUUAGUACCCAUGUCUAAAGUCCAUGAUGUUAUAUAUAUAUAUUUGUGCGGAAAUGCACAAGGAUUCUAAAAAUGUUUGUUUCAAAGUAUAUAAUUUCAAUACUUGUAGUUGUAAAAGAAAAAAAAUAAUGCUUAAUUUUUUAAUGGAAUUUUGUAAUAAAUUUUUGUGGUGAUCAGAUGCAAAAUAUACCAGAAAUUAUUUAAUAAAAUCUGUUAAUUCAGAAAGAAAAUUCAUUUUUAUCUCAUAUGAAUCAUUAAAUUAUGGUUUAAAUAACUAACUGUAUUUUAUUUAUGUUUUAAAAUUUCUUCCACAGAAUUCAAUUCGACACAACCUUUCCUUGAAUCGUUAUUUCAUUAAAGUUCCCCGGUCUCAGGAAGAGCCAGGUAAAGGAUCCUUUUGGCGAAUUGAUCCAGUGUCAGAAGCUAAGCUUACAGCACAGGCCUUUCGGCGUAGACGACAACGCGGCGUGCCUUGUUUUAGAACUCCUUUUGGGGGUCUUUCAUCCAGGUAUUUAUUAAAAUAAAGUAAUCUUUAUAAACUUUAUAGUAUCUUUUAAAUACAAAGUUAAUAAAAUCCACAACCUGCUGCAACAUUUCCCCAUCCAUUCUCAUAAAAAGGAUAAUUUUUUAAACCCUGUAACUUUCAUAACUGCAGAUGAUAUGGAAUUAAACCCCUUUUUCCAUUGGUGUCAACUGCUAGUAAAAUCACCAUUAAAAAUGAAAACGAUUUCCUUUGCAUUGGUUAAGGGGGAAAUCACUCUAGAAAUCAAUAUGUUUAACUGUUUUUAUCAGUGUGUAAACGUACAUGCUUUUAUCAGGGCUUGUUUUGUGAUUAGUGGGGAUUGAAAUUUGCUCCAUGUUUUUGACUGCCAUUAUGCCUGCUGGAGUUAAAAAUUAAUUAAAAUAAAAACAAUAAUUUCAGAGCUAUUCCACCUGCCACUGAUGACAGUAUUAGCUCUAAGGGUGAUGCUGACAUAAGAGACAGAUAUUAACCAUUUUAGCCCUAAGCUCAAUCGUAUUGUUACAGAAAAAUUCAUUUAGGAAAGGGUGGGUUUGGAACAUAAAAGACUCAUUUUGAAGCCCUACCUUUAAGGGUUUCAAAGACAUUUGCUGGUCCAACAUUUUUACGCCCUUCCUGUCGAUCUCAGAAACAACCAGACACUGGAGUCCUUUAAAACCAAUUUAAAGGCACACCUAUUUCGCAAACACCUUCUGGGAUGAUUGUCAACCUUAUUUUCCAGUUAAUGCAUAAUGGCUGUGUUGCUUGGGGUUGAAAUGGCUAAGAAAGACUUUGCAAUUGUAUGCUAGUAAUUAGUUUUUGUAGUGUUGCGUUUGUUUUAAAUGUGGUAAAUUAUAGAUUUGUAUUUUGUUGCGUUUGUACCGCGCUUCGAGCCUUUGGGGAUGAAGCCUGUUUUUGAAAUGAACUUUAUUAUUAUUAUUAUUAUUUAUGUUUGUAUAUGAUCUGUAUUAUUAAUUGAUUUAAAAAAUUGAUUGCAUAACUUAAAUUGAAAAGGAAAUUUAAAAAAAUUCAUUUUGUGUUUCCCCUUGCAUUUUGUAUGACAGAAAGUAGUGAAUUAAAAAAAAAUUAGCCAAUUUACAUUUUUCAAAGUCAUUAUCUAUAACUUGACCUUGACAUUUUCUGGAAGGAUAUUUCUUUUAGUUUCUAAAAAAGCAACUGAUGUAUUGAUAGAACAAAAUAGUGAGAUUGGGGUGGGUUGAAAGCAGAAGUUGAGUAGUAACAUACUCAUUCUGUAAAGGUCAAGAUCAAUAUGAACUAAACAUUAUAUAAAAACAAUGUACUUUCAGAAAAUGUAUACUUGUUUGGGUCUCUGAAUUCAUUUAGUAUGGACUUUUGUCAUUUUUGACAAGCUUAUGAAAAUGCUAAAAAUGGCUUGACCUACUGAAAAAUGCACUUCUAGCUUAAAAAAUGCUUCUAUACCUUCGACAGUUAAUCUAACAUUACGUUUCAAACACUAUGUGAAUUGAAAUUAAACCAUUUUUUAAAUGAACGAUUUUUUUGACUACUGUAAAAGUAUUAUAAGAAAAAUUAUUUUCCACUGCAAGGUCUGCACCAGCAAGUCCGAGUCAUAUGGCUGGUUCCUUUACCCCUGAUUGUCUGUCCAGAGAAGGGAGCCCAAUACCAGAAGCUGGAAUGGAGACUGAAGUUUCACAUACAUCAUCUCAAUCCAGUAGCCUGCAGGGGCAGCAACAUCAUCAGCAUACACAUCCAACCAUCUCAGAUUUGCGCUUUUCUCAAUCAGCGCCAGGAUCACCUUCAGGUAUAUGCAAACUUAAAGCACGCUGAUGAGUCUGUACGAUUGAGUUUCAAAUUCAUUCAUAUGUUGUAAUCUGUUUAAAACUUAUCUUAAGUUCUAUCCCAAGAACAACAUAAUCUAAGUUAUCUGUCAUCUGGUCGUACAAUAUUUCAAACAAAUAGCACAGCUUGCUGGAGGAAUACGAUACAACCUUCUCAUGCAAUGCUCAGACAGCAAGUGCCAAACCAAUACCUGAAACAGUCGAGACACUACGUCACAGACACAUAAAUCAUGACAGGAAUAAUGGGCAAGCCUAAUGGCUCCAAAAUCAACAAAACUAACACUCAAGACACACAGCGCACAGUAAAACACAACAUUCCACAUGUAACAAUUAUAAGCCAAAAUCCAUUUUCGCCUGUUUCUUGUAGGUUCACGUGUCAUGUCACCAAUUACUGUGACAUCAAGCACAGCUGCAAUUCAUCAGUUGCCAUCAGUGAUAGCCAAACCUAAAAUUAUUAUGACCACUCCUGGUCAGGUGUUGGUGAAUGGCCCGUCCGUUACUGCCUUGACAAAUGGUACACAUCUGGAGAUCAAAAGGGAAAAUGGGGAAGGUAUAAUGUCAGCAGUAAUUAUAAUUGCAUUCUGUCUCUUUUUUUCUUAUCAGUCUUAAAUUGAGUAAGAUAUUUAUUUGAAAAUGGACUAUUUUUUUCUUUAAGUUUAUUGUUUCAAUGGGUUCUGAUUAUAAAUAUUUAAAAAUCUUAGAAAAUUUACUGUGGAUUUACAAUCUUCUAACCCAUUAUAAUUAUUAAUAAUUUAUUUUUUAUAUCAUAACUUAUGUAUCAAAAACAGCAGUGAGCUUGGGCUUGACAGGAGCAUCACAGAAAAUCGCUUCCCUGGUAGCUACAGCCAAUCAGGCACAGUUUCAGACACGGGUGAACCCUGUGGCGCUUGUUCGAAAUUUGCAGACCACCCAGCAGGUGAUGGUUACCAAGGGACCUGCCGGAGACUCAGAACAGGUGACUCUAAUCCCUCAACAGGUACCCGGUCAACAGGUGCAAAUUCUUCAGCCUCAGAUGUUUUCCCAGCAAGUCAUCCUGCAGAAACCCAUGGGUGAUCAACAGCAGCAAAAUCAAGCUGCUGGCAACGCCUGGUAUUCUCAGGAUGUCCAAUCUGCUGUUCACGUCUUGGUUAGUUUAUUAGUAGUCUGGAAGAAUAGUUAAUGAAUGGCCUUGGUUGCUUACUCAUUCAUUAUUUAAGUACUUGACAUAUGUUACCUAGAUUAUUUAACCUCUUAUUGACACUAUGAUACCACAUGUGAUGGGGUUGAAUAAAAUUCUAAAUACUGUAACCCUUUACAGUCCAAGCCUCUUCUGCCUUUUCUACCCCCUGUGAUGGAGCAAUGGGGCAUUACUUGGUGCCUGAGUCUUUUUUUGACACUUUAUUGUAGAGCAGUGCAUAUAAAUUCGUUGCUCUGCCAAAUGUUGAUAAAAAUUUUCCAGGAUAAAAAAAACAAAAAACAAUCUUAUGCAAGUGCAUCAUCUAGCAAAUUAUGUUUAAGGCCUGUUUGCUCUGUAAAUGGAAAAAAGUUGAUUAGGGAAAAGUUUCUUGACCGUUCUUAAUCUUGCUGAUCAGUGGUAGUACAAUUGGUGGGUCUAUUUACAUCAAUUAUCUUCUUUACUUGAAUCAUCAUCACUAGCAUCAUUUCAAUUAAACAAUUCAUUACUGCAGGGUUUUGGCAUCGAUUUCAAUAAAAAAAACUUGCCAACAAACAUUUUUUGAAAAAAUGAAAUUUUGGGUAUAUUUCAUUCUCUGUCCGAUUCGCUUUUUAACUUCUCUAUAGCUUAACGAAUAAGGAAAUAUAUAGCAUUGAAAUGUGACGUCCUUGGUAUUUCAGAAAAGUUCUUAAAUUUUUGUUAUGAUGACGAUGUGCAGCCUUGGUAAUUGAAAGUGGGUGACCGUGACGUCGCGUCAACGUCAUCAGUAAUGAAGUGGUUAAUGUCAAUAUCUGAUUCUCCACUAUCGCUGCUAGAAUAAUUUAAUAGUGAAGCUCCAUUAGGCCUUGGUUCUUUCACUAUUUUAUCCAUUGCCCGGAAAGCCAAUUUUUUCGUCGAAAAAAAAAAAGCACAGCGUUUUACAGCGUUUUUUAAACAAACAUGUAUAACAUAGACCACUCAAUGCGCCUUGUUCAAACUAGUAUCCCAAUAAAUGCCCAAAAGAAAACCUGUUUUUGGUAGAACUAUAAAUAAUAAUGCACUUUGGAUUUGGCCUGUGCUAAGCAAAACAGUAACAACCUCAAAACGACCCGGUUUGGCCACAACACACUUGGCAUAAGGAAAAAAAAUGGGAUUUUCUGUGGCAUCAGACUGUGAAUGGUUAAAUACCGGUACUUUAGGGCUUUAUGUCAUGAAAGUUGUGCAUGAAUAUUAAGAAUAUGAACGUGGAGUAAAAUAUGGGAUUGUUUAAUCAAAUUUGUUUACAGUCUUUAAUCUUCAAAAAUUGAAAAGUGAAUUCUAAUUAGUAAGAUUUUGUAAUUAGUGAGCUUUUUGUUAUUUUUCUUUGUGUAACAUCAUUUCUCAAGUAGCAGUGUUGACAUUUAUGUUAUUUUUUUAUUUAGAUUUUGUGAAAGUUUUGAACAUUUUUUUACUGCCUUUAAAUAGGCACAAAAAUGCAGCUCUUUGGUGAUAGGAUUGUACUCAUAAAUUUUUAACUUUUAUUUUUUAGAUGCCUCACCAGGUACAAGUUAAAAGAGCACAAGAUGAAGGUCAAGAUUUGGAUCUUGCUGGGGGAAAGCGACUGAAGAUUGAUGAAGAUGGAGAAAUGACUGUGAAAUCUGAACUGGAAUGAAUGGGGAAUUUCUCAUUUAAUGGUUUUAUCAGUUUUCUUCCUGGGCAAUGUGACACACAUGACUGGUCCUAGGUGUAUUUAAAUGUAGAUAUUUCUGCAUACAAUGGUCCUGCUGCAUGAACCAAGGAUUGCUUCUAUUGGAUUCCGUCUGAAAAUGUCACAUAUAUCAUCAGACUAAUAAUACAGAGUCUCUAUGUUUGUUUCCCUCUUAACUUUCCUACUAGGUCAGCGGUUGUUAGCAUGCCAUUAGUUCCUGAACCACUUUUUUUUUUUUUUUUAUGUACGCAAGAUAAUCUCAUGUCAGUUAAAAAUUCAUACAUUUUGGUUUUGGAUUGAUGAUAGAUUUUUUAAAUCUGAAAAUGCCUUAAAAGUGAAAGUUAUCUGACUGCUGUUAUGAUGGGACUUCAUAAAAGUUCUCUUUAAAUCACCGGUGAUCUUUAUAAUGAGAAACCCUAUCAAAUAAAGAGUUUUUGUAUCUCUAGUUUUCCUGCCAUCAGUUAGUUACAUUUGUUUAUAUUGCAUAACCCAUUUUACUUUUAUUAACUUUUCAACAAAGUGGGAGAUAAAUGGUAACAUUUUUUUAAAGAAAUGAAGACUUAGUUGGAUUAGUUAAAUCAUUAGCCACUUAGCAUCAUUCAGUAUUAAAAGCAUGGUAAACAUCUUUUAAAAUCUCCACUGGAUUUAUCAUCCACUUUAACGAAAAUUGUAAUUUAGAAUUCUAAUUCUUGGUGAAAACUUAAUGGGUCCCUCCAAUGGAACUUUCUUCUUUCACUUUUUAAAUAAGUACAUAUACAGUAAUACUAUUAAAGUAAUUAAAUUGUACAUAUCUCAUAUACAAGCAUAGAGGCAGACAAACCAACAUGUGUGGUGGGAAAGAGUCCUCAAAUGUUUUAAUUGAAUUUUGAAAAACUUUAGUGCAGAAAAAUCAAAUAAUUCCAUUUAUUCUAAUCAUUAAAGUGUUGUUUUUUUUUGCGUGUGUUAUCAAAAAGGAGCUCAAAGGUGAAGUUCCAUUGAACAAACACAUAUCCUAGAGAAGAUGGUAAUUUUUACUGAUUUUCCCAGUUAUGAAAAUUAUCAUCAUGAAAGCGAAGCGCUAGAUAGGGUAGCUUAUGUAAGAAAUUGAGGAAGUUUGUUCAAUUUUUAAACAAAAUUGUAAUGGCACCCUAACAACCCUAAUCUGUUUAUGGGGGAAUAAAAUAAAAGUUUAUAAAGGGACCCUUUGACUUUGGUUAAGCUUGAUUAUUUUUUCAAACACUUCAUUCAAUUCUGAAAUGGGGUCAGCAUCGUCAAGGAUACCUUUAUGAAAAAUUAAGAAUUGUGGGAAAUCUUAUAUCAUGACGUCUUAGAGAAGAAAGGACACAGGAAAUCACACAUUCAACAGAGCAAAAGUAACAUUUGAAUUUAAUUUUAAAAACCUGUGUAACUAAGAGGUAAAUUUAGUAGCAGCCUCCAGCAGUAUUCCGUCAUUCUUUUAUACCUUACUUUUCUAAUGGUGAUCUGUCUCAGAGUAGGUAGCAGGGUGGAUUUCAAUGAUGUGGACAGUUUUUGUUAAUAGGCAGCUGUAGCAAUAUUAAUGAUUUUAUAAAUGGUAUUUAAAAUAUAUGUAGAUUUUAAAAAAAAUAUGUUGCUAACAUUUUCUAUGAGCUGCUUAGUGGACUUUAAGGAACUUGAGUUUUUGUGAAUUAUCUCUCUCCCAAGUAAUUAAAUUUGUGAAAUCACUUUUUUAUUUAGCUCUCUCUACCUAUAUUUUCACUAGGCAGAAACCCCAUAAGCACACACAAAUAGUAUAUGUUUACUUUGCCAUUUGAUGUGGCAGACAGGAUUUAAAUACUGUUGUUCAAAAAUCAAUAUCAGCUGAUGCAACAGCAUAAAUGAUUUUGAAUUUGUAGUGGUUAUUUUGGUUUAAAAAAAUGUCAAGAUAGGUGUUAUAUUGAGGUUUUUUAUUUAUCUCUUCCUAUUCAAGAAGUUAAAACUUAAAGAGCAGUUAUUUUUCUUUUCCAUCUUUGUUGCUGUUAAAUCAAAUGAUUUCAUUAUUUUGAAUUAGAAACAAGUGCUCAAGUUUUCUGUUAAUUGUUCAAUUUAUGUUCAGCUUUUAAUGUCAUAAUUUGGCCAGCACAAACUGCCUUUAGAUUAUUUCUUUUUAAUUGGUUUGUUAAACAAAAAAAAAUAAAAGUGUUAAUGGUGGCAAUGCUUUUGUGAGAUUUGACUUAUGUUUUUGGUGUAAUCUAAUAAGACUUAACUGGUAGCUUAUAUUGAGUGUUCCCAAAGUUAUCUUAACCGACAGCAUAGAUUGAGUGUUCCCAAAGUUAUCUUAACCGACAGCAUAGAUUGUGUGUUCCCAAAGUUGUAAGAAAUUUCAAUUGUUGAAAGUGUAAUGGCAGCUGUGGAAUUGUUUAGUUUUGUUUAAAUGUAUGUAAGACCUGAUUUAAUGUUAAAUGCAUAAUUAGUUCACUUUGGCUUAAAAAACAAAACAAUUCACAUUUGGUAAGUUUUACUUACCUUUUUAACUCAUAACUGUCACAAUUUAAAAUAUCAGACUUGACCAUAUAUAAUGUUAAAUCCUGUUGUGGUGACCACUUGAGUGACUUUCUUGUACUUGGAGUUAGUAGGCCUAAAUGAUAAUUAAGUGGGAAUACGUGUGAAAGGUUAAAUGAUGACACAAAGUUUGACCUGGGCACACAUUAGAUGUUAUGUAGCAUAGAGUUAAAUUUUAUAAACAGGUAGCACGAAUUACGGGAAAAACUGUCCAGCCAUUUCUUUAUUAUAAUGUGAUAUUCUUUUUCAAUUGUUAUUUUAUUGUAGUUUAAUUAAAAGUUAACUGAAAGAAACAUUUUUUUUUUAAAUUUUCAUCCUCAUACUUGUCAACACCAUUGAAGCAUGUUGAGCAGCCAUUCUGUAACUUAACAUGAACCGAUUUUUGUAACCGUUGUAAGGUAGCUAAUGCUAAAAGAAAUGGCACGGACACAUCAAAUUAGUAUAACCUGUUCACUUGUCUGUUAAUGUAACAGGAUGCCCCUUGACUGUAUGCAAGUUUGAUUUACAUUGAAAGGCUAUUUCUUGAACAAUAACAAAACAGAAAUGGAAAAAUUCAAAUAUUUAAGAAAAAUCCCAAAUGAAAUAUUUCUAAAUAAAUAUUUAUUCUCCACUCCUGCCAUCUUUAUAUGGUCAUGUUUUCAAAGAACACAAAUGUAUUGAUAUCAAAUUCACCAUUGUUUGAAUGUCUUAGAAAUUGUUUUGAUUUUUUGGAGGCUGUGUAAGUCAAUAUUCUAUGUACUGGUACUUUUCACAAGAUUUCGACUCAUCAGUACAUCUUGAUUUAUUAUGUUAAAACCAACAUUAUCUUAUCAUAAAUUGCCAAGGAGAACAUGAAUCGGUUUAACUAGUUAAGCGGCUGCAUUAAACCCAAGCGGUGCAACAUUUUUCACAGUUGUGUUAAUGCUACCAGAGUAAGGCUAUUGUUUUAAGAACCAGUUUUCUGUUUGUAAGUUUUCUUCUCGUGCGCUGGUCCCAAGACCAUCAUCCUGCAUGAGAGAUAUAGACACAACUUCUCCUAUUUCUGCUGAGUCUGCCAUUGCUGUGCAUGAAAUAAAUUUAGACAGCUGUUGGAUUCUAAACAUACCCUGUGUGUUUCCAUCAUUUCAUGCCAGUGGUUCAGUGUGAUAUUUUAGUGAUGGCAUGUUGAAUGGUUGGUUCAAUGUUAACUUGUGGGACUUGAAGGUGCUGAAUGGAAUUUUUUUUAAGUUGAGCGCCAUUUAUUUAAAGAUUUGUUCAUAUUUUUUUUGUGUGGUAUUUUCAUUAUCUUUAUCAUCCAGUCUUAUUUCCUUUAAAUGGGAGUAUUUUAUUUGUAAGUUUGUACAAAUUUGUUGCAUUUUUUUCUAAUGUGUACAAUUUUAAGAUGCAUUUUUUAAAACCUUUGAUCUUUGUUUGAACACUAAUUGCUUCUAUUUCAGAUGUUUGAAAUGUGAUGUGACAGACAUUGUAGUAUUGUAAUCAGUGGAUAAUAUUCUGGAUUGUACAUUUGUGUAUUUCUCUCUUUAAGUUGUUGUUACACUUGUUGUGCGUAUUUCAUUGUUAGGUAGUUUAAUUAAAGUUAUUUAACACCUUAUUGACUAGUUUGAGCGUGUGAAUCAGUUAGUUCACCAUUGGGCAGUGAACUGCAUACUUUUUCCCAUCCUUCAGACAACUGCACUGUCAAAAAGGAAGCAUUUAACUCCAAUCUAUUUCAAAUUGCAGUGUAGCAGUUCUUUCAAAGAUCUUUCUUUUUUUUUAAAAUAUUUUUAAACUUUGAUAUUGAAUUGAUAAGAAUAGUUUGAGCCCUUGCAGUAAGUUUGUUGGUACAAAAACAUGCUUUCAGGCUGGAUUUCUGCAUUUUUAAGAGGAUCCCAAGCAAAAAAUGUACCAUAUGACUGGACCAGACAUUCUCAAUUCAAUGACUGAAUCAAAAGAAAAAUUUUAAAAAUAUUUACUUCAACUUUUAUCUUGAAAUAGAAAUUUGAAUUUAUAUGAAUCAUUAAAUGACAGAAGAUGCUCAAAUGGAAGGAUUCUUGAUCACAUUGGUAUGUAGAUGAUGACUUGUAAAAUGAUGUUUAGCUUUGGAAACCCUUUAAAUGCAGACCCUUGAAAUAAUGUGUCAUGCCUUGCAUGUGAAAAUAUUACUUUUUCAGGUCACUAGUAAUUUAAAUUAUCCUUAUCUUUUUUUGCCGUUUUAUGGGUUUUUUUUCUGUCUUAUUUUGUGUAUUUAAAGAAGUAUAUGUACAUUAUCUGAUUAUAUUAAAAGUUAUUAUAUAACUUGAGCACUUUGAAAUCUUAUAACUUGUUUUCCUUUCAACUUGGAAGUUUCCAGGCACAUCCUUUUAUUUUACUCCCAAUGGCUGACAUAAAUUCAGGUGAACAAAUUAUUUAGUUGUAUUCAGGAUGGUUUAAAUCUCAUGUUUUAUAAUUGAGGAGAAAAUUACAAAUGAGGAUGCUCUUGAAAAUUAAGGUUUUCAUGUUUUGAUUUAAACUCUUUAUACAAAAAACUGACACAUGAGCAAAGGUACUUUGAUGAUGCAUGUGAUUACUAGUAUACCAAUGUUGCGCAUUCACUAGCGACAUUUAUGCCAUGCUUAUUCCUGUUGAUUGGUGUCAACAUCAUUUCCCUUUAAAAAAACUACCAGGAAAAUGGGUGAAUUUGAAGAAAAAAAUGUGAUUUAAAUGAUUUUGGGGGAAAUGGAUAAUAUUAGUCUUGGGUGGCAAAGCUCCGAGUCACUGAAAGGAAAUUUGAAAUUAUUCGAUAAUCCUGUCCAUUUAAUUUUUCAAGAUGUUUUCUUUUUUUUUUUAAACCACUGGGUGUGAUUAGCUUUAGCAAUCUAACUUUCACUAAUUUUUUAUAAAUUUUACCUAGGGCAUGGAUAUAUAAAAAAAAAACUGGGCUCCUGGCAUAAAUUGAAUGUUGUUAAGAAAUGUGUUAAUCAUGAAAUGUCAUGCCAGCCUUGGUGUGGUUGUUUUAUUAUUUACUGUAUAUAUUUCAAUAACAUUAAACUAACAGUUUAUAAAGGAAAUCAGUUUCCGAAUGCAUUACAAACUUAUCUUUAAGUGGUGCAAUUAUAUUAAAGCUAAUGGCGGGGGAAAUAUUUCACCAUUUUCCUUUAUUUUAAACCAAAAAAAAGUAUGCCAAUUUUCUAACAGUUUAUGGCAAUGAAUAAUUUUAAAAAACAAAUUCACUGCAACCAUGAUUAGUCUGAUGUGUAAACUUUGUACCGAGAACAUUAUUUUACCAUAAUUAAUUGUCAUUCUACUUCACUUUCUAGAUUACAUAAAGCUAUGUUUAAAAAUGUACAUAGCAGCACAUUUUGAGUAUGUGACAUAGUUCAGUGUGAUGGUCUGGUAAAGUUUUCAUUGGUUUCCUCAACUCUUCUUCUUGUACAUUUUUUUUUUUACUAAAUAGGCCUAUUCAUUAAUAAAAUUCAUGACCCAUUGCUAGAGUCCAAGUUGUAACGAUACUGAAAGGAGUUGCUGUCACAAGGUGUUCAUGUCUAUGGUUCAUUAUAAAGAGAUGAGCUGUUUUCACGCGGUUUACGCAGUGAUGUUUUUUGUACAUAAU